UGGCGGCGGCGUUGGUGGCGGCAGUGGACGGGGCGGCUGGGUCUGGAACAGUCGGAGCAUCCGCUGGCAGAAGGAUGACCCUAGAUGGGAAGCGGGCUGCCGGGCCUCGCCAGCUCCCGUGCUUGUAACUGCCCCAGCCGGACGCCCUCCCCUUGACCUACCGGUUCUUCAGGGAACCUCCAGACCAGUUUUCUCAGGAUCUUGGGCCAGACUUCGGUCGGCGAUAAAAGCAGGAAGGCUGGCUACCAUAUUCAAGAUGACCAGUAAAAGGCCCAACACGGAUAGGAGAACGGAUUUAGCUAAUGGAAGCCUGUCUAGCAGCCCAGAAGAGAUGUCUGGAGCUGAAGAGGGGAGGGAAACAUCCUCAGGGAUUGAAGUAGAGGCAUCGGACCUGAGUUUGAGCUUGACUGGGGAUGAUGGUGGCCCCAACCGCACCAGCACAGAAAGUCGUGGCACAGACACUGAGAGCUCAGGUGAAGAAAAGGACUCUGACAGCAUGGAGGACACAGGCCAUUAUUCCAUCAACGAUGAAAACCGAGUUCAUGACCACUCAGACGAAGAGGACGAGGAGCAACCUCGGCACCGCGGACAGCGCAAACGGGCCAGCCGUGACCAGGACUCAUCAGAUGACGAGCGAGCCCUGGAAGACUGGGUAUCUUCAGAGACAACAGCAUUACCCCGACCUCGCUGGCAAGCACUUCCCGCCCUUCGGGAGCGGGAACUGGGUUCAAGUGCCCGCUUUGUAUAUGAGGCUUGUGGAGCAAGAGUCUUUGUACAGCGUUUCCGCCUGCAGCACGGGCUUGAGGGCCAUACCGGUUGUGUCAAUACCCUGCAUUUUAACCAGCGUGGCACCUGGCUGGCCAGUGGCAGUGAUGACUUGAAGGUGGUAGUGUGGGAUUGGGUGCGACGGCAGCCAGUACUGGACUUUGAGAGUGGCCACAAAAGUAAUGUCUUCCAGGCCAAGUUCCUUCCUAACAGUGGUGAUUCCACCCUGGCUAUGUGCGCCCGGGAUGGGCAGGUCCGAGUUGCAGAACUGUCGGCUACGCAGUGCUGCAAGAACACCAAGCGUGUGGCCCAGCACAAGGGGGCCUCCCACAAGCUGGCCCUAGAACCAGACUCUCCCUGUACGUUCUUGUCAGCUGGUGAAGAUGCGGUUGUCUUCACCAUUGACCUGAGACAAGACCGGCCAGCUUCGAAACUAGUGGUGACAAAAGAGAAGGAGAAGAAGGUGGGACUGUAUACAAUCUAUGUGAACCCUGCCAAUACCCACCAGUUUGCAGUAGGUGGAAGAGAUCAGUAUGUAAGGAUUUAUGACCAGAGGAAAAUUGACGAGAAUGAGAACAACGGAGUCCUGAAAAAAUUCUGUCCUCACCACUUGGUGAACAGUGAGUCCAAAGCAAACAUCACCUGUCUUGUGUACAGCCACGACGGCACAGAGCUCCUGGCCAGUUACAAUGAUGAAGACAUUUACCUUUUCAACUCUUCUCACAGUGAUGGGGCCCAGUAUAUUAAGAGAUAUAAAGGUCAUAGAAAUAAUGCUACAGUAAAAGGCGUCAAUUUCUAUGGCCCCAAGAGUGAGUUUGUGGUGAGCGGUAGUGACUGCGGGCACAUCUUCCUCUGGGAGAAGUCAUCUUGCCAGAUCAUUCAGUUCAUGGAAGGGGACAAGGGCGGUGUGGUAAACUGUCUUGAGCCCCAUCCUCAUCUACCUGUUCUGGCAACCAGUGGCCUAGACCAUGAUGUGAAGAUCUGGGCGCCGACAGCCGAAGCAUCCACUGAGCUGACAGGGUUGAAGGAUGUGAUCAAGAAGAACAAACGAGAGCGGGAUGAAGACAGCUUGCACCACACUGACCUGUUUGACAGUCACAUGCUGUGGUUCCUUAUGCAUCACCUGAGACAGAGACGCCAUCAUCGGCGCUGGCGAGAACCUGGGGUUGGGGCCACAGAUGCGGACUCUGAUGAGUCUCCCAGCUCCUCAGACACAUCGGACGAGGAGGAGGGCCCUGACCGGGUGCAGUGCAUGCCGUCCUGAGGCCCCAGACUUAGGAGGGCUGGGCUGGGGCUGCCAACCCGAUCCUGCCUGGGCAACUCUUCUGCAGGCCCAGGCCCUUACAUUCAACAGAAAUGCACUUUGGACUUUUUGUUUAAAUAAAAGAAAGCUAUCUGAGGAGGACAGAGCACAGGAGACUGAAGCAGCAGAGCCCCUAGAAGUGAGGAUGAGACCGACCCCGAAUGAGCUUCCAUGGAAGGUGCAAAGGACUCAGAAUGGGCCUCUCCUGAAGCCUUUGUCAGCUGGCUUGGAUAGGAAGUGGGGCUUCUUUUUCUUUAACCUCCCUUGUUUCCUUUGUGGGGGGUGGGGUACAGUACCAACAGGCCAAAGAGAAGCCUGGAAUGCCACUCUCUUUGGCUUAGGGUUUCGCCUUUUUUUUUCUUUUCCUUUGUUUUUUAAGAAGUCUGACAGUUGCAUUGUUUUUUGCCCGAGUCCAGUCCCAGGAUCCUGUUUUUCCGGGAAAUCCUUAAGAGCCCCAGCCGUCCCAGCACUCUUCUCUCCGGCUUUCCCACAGUGCUCUGCACUGCAGUCUGUCUCCUUCACUCUCCAUCCAGCGCCCUCUAAACGGGGUCUGGGAUGGGGACUGAGAGGGUGUGGGAGGGACAGAAGCGGAAGAACAGGAAGAAGUUACUUCUUGGUUUUGUUUUUAACUGUUCAGUGGCAGCAAUUUCCCUGUCCCUAUCACUGUUAGAGGCCUACUUUUAUAUCUAUAAAUAUAUUAAAAAGCAAGUUAAACUUGGAUGUAUCAAGUUAAAAUUAUUGUCAGAAGUUUAAAUACCUAUAUAUUCUCUAUGAAUACAAUGCAAUAAAGGGGCUGGAAGGCAGUGAGCAGGCGGUGCUGAGGCGGGGCGUGGGAGAGCUGGAGAGCCAAGCGUGCUGCCAGACCUAGGGCUUACCUGCAGCUUCCCAAGGCUGGACGGGGGAAGGAGAGUCAGCUGGGCCCUUCUCUGCCUCAGUGCGGAAAAACAAAUUCCUCUCAACUUUGCCUCAGGUCACCUAAUUUCCUUACGUCUUGUGGAGGCUUCCAAGGUUGCUCCUCUCAUUAGAGGCUGGCCUGUCUUUAAAACAUGGCUGGAGUGCGACUUCAGGAAGGGGCAUCACUGCUACAGACUGUCUCCUGGUUCUCUGUAGAACAGAAAGCACACUCGCGCCCCCCCCCCCCCCUUUAGCUGCUUGAUUCUUUAAGCAUCCGACUCUACACCAGCUCCCUUCCUAAUGGAAGGAUGAAGGGAGAGCUUCUGGGAAUCGGGGGACAAGCGGUAAUUGGAGGAUUUAUUCUGGUGCCUGGGGCUUAGACCCCUGUCCUCAGCACUGGCCACUGAGUAUGAAAGUCCCUGUGGAAUUCUUACCCUAAAUGCCUGUGCUGCUCUUCCUGUGCCCCCGGGUUCCCGAGAUCCAGUCAGGCAGCCUGCAUCAGGAAUGGCUGGAUUUGGCUCUUUCCUCCUGACCCCACCCAGCAGCGCAGACCAGGUGCCAGCUCUGGGGCGUCCUUCGUGAGCAGGGAGUGUGUGGUAACUGAGUAGUAGUCUUACGUCCUCACUGCUAGAGGGAUGAUGAGGUGGGCUUAAAACCAUGCACUCUGGAAUUUGUUGUAUUUUUUUCUCAGUAAAGCUUUUCCCGACUGCU